AUGGUGUACUCGAAUCGAGGCGACCGGGGGCACUGGCAUCUACUGCUGUUUUUCAAAAUUCUCAUAGCCUGGGAGAGCGCGAGCGGCCAGGUCCACUACUCGGUACCGGAGGAGGCCAAACACGGCACCUUCGUGGGUCGCAUCGCCCAAGAUUUGGGGCUGGAGCUGGCGGAGCUCGUGCCGCGCCUUUUCCGGGUGGCGUCCAAAGGCCACGGGGACCUUCUGGAGGUAAAUCUGCAGAACGGCAUUUUGUUUGUGAAUUCUCGGAUCGACCGGGAGGAGCUGUGCGGGCGGAGCGCGGAGUGCAGCAUCCACCUGGAGGUGAUCGUGGACAGGCCGCUGCAGGUUUUCCAUGUGGAGGUAGAGGUGAAGGACAUUAACGACAAUCCGCCCGUAUUCCCCGAGACACAAAAGAAUCUGUUUAUUGCAGAAUCCAGGAUGCUUGACUCUCGGUUUCCACUAGAGGACGCUUCCGAUGCAGAUAUCGAGGAGAACGGUCUGUUGACUUACAGACUGAGCCCCAACGAGUUUUUCUCUCUGGACGUACCAACAAAUGACGAACAGGUAAAACCUCUUGGACUUGUAUUACGGAAACCUUUAGACAGGGAACAGUCUCCAGAACUUCAUUUAGUGCUCACAGCCACUGAUAGAGGCAAACCUGAGCUGACUGGCACCGUUCAGUUACUCAUCAAAGUGCUGGACGCCAAUGACAAUGCCCCAGCUUUCGACAGAACACUCUAUGCGGUGAAAUUACCAGAAAAUGUUCCCAAUGGAACUUUGGUAAUUAAACUUAACGCCUCAGAUUUGGAUGAAGGCUCGAAUGCGGACAUUAUUUACUCAUUCUCUAGUGGUGUUUCCACAGAUAUAAAAUCUAAGUUCUACAUAGAUGCCGUAAGUGGAGAAAUUAUAGCAAUAGGACAUAUCGAUUUUGAAGAAAGCAAAACCUACAAACUUCGAGUAGAAGCGAUCGAUAAAGGCUCCCUACCACUAGCUGGUCACUGUACAGUUCAUGUGCAAGUUUUGGACGCUAAUGAUAAUGCUCCAGAGUUGACUGUUACUUCCCUGUCUCUCCCUAUCUCAGAGAAUGCUCAACCGGGCACAGUCAUCACCUUGAUUAAUGUGUUUGACCGAGAUUCUGGAGCUAAUGGCGAGGUGAUUUGCUCCCUAAAACCGCAUGUCCCCUUCAAGCUGGUGUCCACCUUCAAGAAUUACUAUUCGCUGGUGCUGGACAGCGCCCUGGACCGAGAGAGCGUGUCGGACUAUAAAAGUAUGAUGUUGGUCUACACACCCAGCAGCCCAAGAGCCUUGCGCCUGCUCUCGCUUCUGCUUCUCGCAGCCUGGAAGGCGGGGAGCGGCCAGGUCCAUUAUUCUGUCCCGGAGGAGGCCAAACACGGCACCUUCGUGGGCCGCAUCGCCCAGGACUUGGGGCUGGAGCUGGCAGAGCUGGUGCCGCGCCUCUUCCGAGUGGCGUCCAAGGGUCACGGGGAUCUUCUGGAGGUAAAUCUGCAGAAUGGCAUUUUGUUUGUGAAUUCCCGGAUCGACCGGGAGGAGCUGUGCGGGCGGAGCGCGGAGUGCAGCAUCCACCUGGAGGUGAUCGUGGACAGGCCGCUGCAGGUUUUCCAUGUGGAGGUGGAGGUAAAGGACAUAAACGACAACCCGCCGGUCUUCUCCGUUUCAGAACAAAAGCUUUCAAUACCCGAAUCUCGACUGCUUGACUCUCGGUUUCCGCUAGAAGGCGCAUCUGAUGCGGAUGUUGGGGAGAAUGCUGUGCUUACUUACAGACUCAGUCCAAAUGAGUUUUUCAUUCUUGAUAUUAUAAACAGAAAGGACAAAGCCAAAACCCCAGUGCUUGUUCUAGGAAAAAUGCUGGAUCGUGAAGAAAAUCCUCAGCUUCAGUUGUUAUUAACCGCAACUGAUGGAGGCAAACCGGAAUAUACUGGAUCUGUUACUCUGCUGAUCUUGGUGUUGGAUGCCAAUGAUAAUGCACCUAUAUUUGACCGAUCCGUUUAUGAAGUUAAGAUGUAUGAAAAUUCAGCGAACCAAACGUUAGUAAUAUGGCUAAAUGCGUCUGAUGCAGAUGAAGGAAUAAACAAAGAAAUGAUAUACUCAUUUAGUUCUUUGGUUCCAUCCAGCAUAAGGCGGAAAUUUCUAAUGAAUGAAAAAACGGGAGAAAUAAGAGUAAAUGACGCUAUUGACUUUGAGGAUAGUAACACUUAUGAAAUUCAUGUGGAUGUUACAGAUAAAGGAAACCCACCUAUGGUCGGUCACUGCACUGUACUAGUGGAAGUUCUGGAUGAAAAUGAUAAUUCACCCGAAGUGGUUAUCACUUCUUUGGCUCUCCCGGUGCGAGAAGAUGCUCAGGUGGGCAGUGUCAUCGCCCUGAUCAGCGUGUCCGACCGUGACUCUGGCGCCAACGGGCAGGUGACCUGCUCACUAACACCCCGUGUCCCCUUCAAGCUGGUGUCCACCUUCAAGAAUUACUAUUCGCUGGUGCUGGACAGCGCCCUGGACCGAGAGAGCGUGUCGGACUAUGCUCUGGUAGUGACCGCACGCGACGCAGGCUCGCCUUCGCUCUCCGCCACGGCCAGCGUGUCCGUGGAAGUGGCGGACGUGAACGACAACGCGCCGGCAUUCGCGCAGCCCGAGUACACGGUGUUCGUGAAGGAGAACAACCCGCCCGGCUGCCACAUCUUCACGGUGUCUGCGCGGGACGCCGACGCGCAGGAGAACGCGCUGGUGUCCUACUCGCUGGUGGAGCGGCGCGUGGGCGAGCGUGCGCUGUCGAGCUACGUGUCGGUGCACGCGGAGAGCGGCAAGGUGUACGCGCUGCAGCCGCUGGACCACGAGGAGCUGGAGCUGCUGCAGUUCCAAGUGAGCGCGCGCGACGCGGGCGUGCCUCCCCUGGGCAGCAACGUGACGCUGCAGGUGUUCGUGCUGGACGAGAACGACAACGCGCCCGCGCUGCUGCCGCGGCCCGGGGCGGGCGGCGGCGGCGGCGCAGAGGCGGCAGAGGGUGUGCUCCGGGGAGGGCCCGCCCAAGACCGACCUCAUGGCCUUCAGCCCCAGCCUUCCUCCGUGUCCUGGAUCUCUAAAUGCGACGGAAGAUCCACAAGCUUCUUUGGAGUUCUCUGGAAAGGAUGUCGUUGUUCUCCAAGGAGAGGAUUCUUUAAACAGAAGAAAAUUACGAUAAUUCACGGGCCAGAAAGAAUCUCCACGGUUUCUGUACACACCCAUGUUGUUAAAAUCAAUUGGGAUCUCAGGAACAAAGACUCGGAAGGUCUAAAAGAACUACACCUUUCCGCUCAUGAAAUGUUGAUUUACUAA